UGCCUCCUCGGGUUUCCGACCCCGUUUCUCCAAUUCGAUUCUCUUCUCCAUGUCAAUUUCGGCGUCCGUUUUGGCGGUGGGUCGUACAGGAAGCAGCGCGCGGAAUUCACGCACAGGGUUCUCGGCGCGCGUUAGAGGGAUACGUCGACUGUGAUGGGAACGAUGUGCGUUCGGAAUAUGCACACCGAAUACACGAGCACGUCAAUUCGGGAAGAAAGUUCGGCGUCAGCGACAGUUCUGCUUUUGACAGUAGAAAGCGUUUGUGUUGGACGAUUGUUGUUACGGAAGCCGUGUCAACGUGCGUUCAAACGACGAAAAAAAUUUAAGAGACACGGUGUAAAACGGACCAAGUCGAUGAAAACGCAGGAGUACACGGUCGACGGUCGCGGAAAACACUGUGUAGAACACGAUACACGACGUUCACUUGUCAGUUGUCACACACAUUAACACAAAUACAUGCACGAGUGCACGACGCGCGUACACACAGAACAGAGUCGCAGGCGUUCGCGCAAAGUUGUAUACACAUUACACAAUAUUUAUUACAUACACCGCGCGGCACAGUGCGUACGCCGGAAACCGUUCGCCGGUAGAGUAAGCUGUGGUCACACUCGUGGUUAACCAUAAAUGAUAAGCCACUGGUAUCAGUAUUAUCAGUUAUCGUGGUUUUGGCAUUUUUGAUAAGAAUAUUUUUUACAAUAUUAUAAAAUCACAACUUUCGCAACUACGAUAUUUAUUUUUUAAUCUUGAUUUGCCUACUUAGAUUAUUUUAAAUUUUCGAUUAAACUAUGGAUUCUGAAAAAAUAGCAAUUUUAGAUAAAUGCGUUACUGCUUUAGAGUUGAAAGUAUAUGGUCUAAAUAAAAAUCCUCAACCAUUAUCAAAUGGCAACCUUCUCGAAGAAGUAAAACAAAUUGACAAUAAUAUUGGAAAUGCAUGUAUUGGUCAUCCAUAUGCUACUACUUUACUUAGUCAUGUAAAACUUCUGGACAAAUUAAUGGACCCUUUCUAUGAAGACUAUCAACCUGAAAUAUCUAAACGUGAAGUCAUACUCUCUGCAGAUGCUGAAAUAACCAAGUAUGCCCAACAGCUCAAGCAACUGAGUGAAAAAUGGCCUGCUCUUAAUGACAAGUAUUAUGGUGAAUUAGACAAACAUACAGAAGAGGUUGAAAAAUUAGUUCAGAAUGAAAGAAAACAAUGUGAUAUAAUCCGUCAGCAAACUGAACAUAUUCAUAAAUUAUUGUUCAGGUAAAUUAAAAAUAAUAAUGUAUUCACCUAACACUAAGAUAUAUAUAAAUGUUUUUUUCUUUAUAAAUAUAUAGAUAUGAACAGCUUAUGUUAAAGUUUUCAAUAACCUUUGAUACAUUAGAAAAAGCAAUUACAAUAUUAGAGUAUAAAACUUCAAAAAAACCAGAAGAAGACAAUGAGGAUGAUAAAUAAUUCAAAUGCAAGUGUGAAUUGUAGAUAUGAACAGUAUAAUUAUUUUAAUUUGUUAACAUAUUGUACAUAUUAUAAUUAAUUAUUAACUAACAUUUAUUUUAAAUUAUCAUUGAGUUUCUUUAUUUAUAAUUAUUAAAGUUUCUUUGUACUAAAUAUCAUAUAACUAGUAAUGAUUAAAUUUAAAAAAAAGUGCAGAUACUGGGGACGGGUGUACCACUGUUGUAGAUGGGAAAGAUAGAAUAAUUAUGUUAUUUAAUUUAAAUCCAUAAACAACUAUCGUUGUAAACCAUUGCUAAUGAAAAACAAUUUGUAGCAAAGUUUUAUUAUAGAUAUUUUUAAAAGGCUAUACUAUUUUUAUAAAAAAUAAUAAUAAACAUCAUUGUAAAAACAAUAAAACAAUACAUUCUUCACUAAGCUUCGAAUCAAAAACUCAAUUUAAAUUAUAUAAGUAGAUUAAAUAUUAUUUAAUAUUUUAUGUAUUGUAUAAUUCAGUAUAUUUGUUUCUUAAAUAAUAAUGUUCUAAAUAAAUUUUAACAUAUAUUACUACUACGAGUAUUAGUCCCUUCUAUAUACCAAAUUUAAAUACUUCUGUACUAUCUAAUUAUAAUUAUCAUUAAAAUACUUGAUAUUUGAAGGAAUUUUACCUUCUGCUUUAGCUUUCUCAAAUUUUGUAUUAAAUUCACUAAAAUCAACAUAAGGUAAUAUAUUUUUAGCUGAAGCAGUAGAUAAAUCUGUGUUUGUUGAUGUUGUAGUUUGAGUCAAGUUUAUUGCUGUAUCUAAAAAAAAAAAAAUAUUUUAUGCAAUUAAAGUCUUAGACCAUAUGGAAAAUUAAUCUUUGCAAUGGAGUAGCCUGUUGGCAAAUUACUUUUAAUUUGUCCAAAUAGCCGGCUUUUUGCAGACAGACUAACAGCAGUUAGGCCUUUUAAGAACUAUAAUUAUUAAAUAGUAAUUUUAUUGUAAUUUAUUACUUGCACAAAAAAAAAAGAAUAAAAGAAUUAUAAUAUGUAAACUGUACAAGUACACAUUAUUUAUUUAGUGAAGAUGUAUAUUAUUGAACAGAUUUUUUUAAAAGCAUAUUACUAAUGUUAAUAAAUAACUGACAAAAAAUAAAUUAUGUAAAUAUUACACUGUUCAGCUAUACUUAACAACAGGUUUCAAAAUACAGUACAAUCUGUAAAAUUUAUUUUUAAGAGCAUACAUUGUUUUAUCACAGCCACCUCUAUGUCCAAAAUGUCUGUGAAUUGUACUUACAAUUUAAA